CACAAGCGGUUCUGAUUUCUUGCCCUUCGAUUCUCACCAGCGCCAAAACAACUCAAUUCUUGAAUAUAUUGUUAUUAUAUUUCGACCCGGCAGGCGGCAACUUCCCAAGAAUCGUUAUUGUCAUCAAACCACACAAGAAACUGAAAAGCAAUAUUAUGGUCUGGGGCCUAUUUCCUGUUGACCCACUCCCAGGUGAACAUAAAUACUAUUUCAUCAAUAAAGGAACAUAUAGAGUUGGUCGGAAAGGAUGUGAUAUAAUUGUCAACAAAGAUAAAGGAGUUUCAAGGAUCCAUGCAGAAAUCAUGAUAGAAGAGAUGAUAUAUUUGGACAAACUGCAGAAGCUUUCGGAUGUAGUUUCGAAGGUUCGGAUAAGAGACUGUUCAAAGUAUGGAACCUUCCUCGACAACAACCUUACUUCAAAGGUGAAGGUUCAUGAACUUCCAAAUAAAGAAACAAUCCUUAAGGAUGGGGACCGUGUUUCAUUUGGUACUGGCAGUGCAAUAUAUAGGUUUUCUUUUGUUCCCCUUGUAUUUUUCAUUUGCUCAUCAGACAAUUCUAAAGCGAGUCAAGUUAUUACAAAGAACUUAUCAUCCAUAGGGGCCGGUGUAACCAGAAAAUGGAGUUCAAUUUGCUCACAUGUACUUGUUGAGGGCUCCAUUGCAUUCAAAGAAGGAUUAAUAGAUGCUAUUGUUGCCAGGAAACCCUUUGUCAAAUCUAGCUGGGUUGAGUUGGUUGCAGGAAAUAAUAUUGUAACUGACAUUCCCAGCUACAAUGCGCAUGUUCCAACCUUGAUGCUCGAAGGAGCACCGGUUGAAGUUGCUGUCCCCGAAGCUCGAGAACAUUGUUUGAAAGCAUACACAUUUAUACUGGGUGUAACUAACACGUAUAAACUGAAAGAUAGAUUGCAGUCAUUAUUGGAAGUAAGCGGUGCAAAAGUUUCUUCUAUGGAAACUUUCUGCCCCAAUAGCCAGGUCGUGAAGGAGGACGGAAAUGACAAAACCAUACUAGUAAUUCCAGAAAUAUCAACAAACUUCCAAUGCUUUCGUGAUAGUUCUUUGUCCAGGGUAAAUGAGAUGGAUUUAGUUGCUGCUGCUUUAUCUGGACAUCUGGACCCUUCUUUGAUCAUUUCUCCACCAGUGAAAGUCACAUCUUCGUGCUCCACGGAGGAGACUGUCGUAGCAGAUUCAGAGGCAGAAACAGAAUGUAGCACUGAAUCAGUUCGUGGUGCUGUUCCAUUAUGUGUACUAGACUCUGAUGAUGAAGGCGACAAGGAAACAACAGCCAUACAUGUUAUUGAAUCUCCGGAAAAUUAUAUCAAAGAUGAGCAUUCUAUGCCAUUUAUCAAGCCAAUAGAAGAUGAUCAAAAGAGGGGUACUAGUUAUGUCACAUCAAAAUCAAUCAAAGAUGAGGACUCUAUGCCAUUUAUCAAGCCAAUAGAAGAUGAUCAAAAGAGGGGUACUAGUUAUGUCACAGCAAAAUCAACCAAACAUGAUGAAGAUCAUGAAAUUCCAGAAAACAAUUCUUCUGCUGAUAAGUCAGGAGAGGGUUGCAGCAAGAUGUCAGGAGUCAAAACUGGUAGUAAAAUGUCAACAAGACUUAAAAUUGACAACUCCGAGAGUGGAAAUUCAGAUAUUAUAUUCAGCCAAGAUUUGAUUAUUCGAGAAUGUAACUUAACAGCUAAAGUGACAUCUGCUACAAAUGUUGGAGUUGCAAAUUUUAAACGCUUCAGAAAGACACAAGUACCAUCUGGAAAUAGCUAUAGCAGCCUGAUUCCAUACGCAAAGCACCCAUACAGAGAAUCUGACUACAAUAACGAUGAAGUAGUUGAAUCUAUAAAAGAGGAGAAGAAGAGAAAACAAACGGAGGCUAGGGCAGAAGACCUGUUCAAUGAGAAGAAGGAUAAGCGUCGGGGGGUGGCGGGUUCUCUUCUUGGAGUUUUAACUCGUGGUUAACUAAGAUCUGCUUUUGGUUAUCAACUUGGUUGUGGCAGGAUUUUACAGAUUAGAUUCAAAAUAUGCUGCCGAUGAUUAGUGGAUUCAAAAUAUGCUGCUGAUGAUUGGUGGAUUUCAAAGUCACUGUGAGGAUUCAGCUUUAUGUAUAGAGUUUAUCAUAUUCCACAUACUGUUAAGCUAUUCUCAUAUACUACGUAUUAGUUUUACAAUUUCUAGCCAUUAGAAAUGAGUCUCAGCUUAUUCUCGACCAGUGUUAUGUGUCUGCCUAGUUAACUUAUUAAUUUGGAUUGUUACUCUUAUCAGUCAGUUUCCUUAGAUAUUUCAUAUUGAGGUGUUUGGAUCUGAUUCUUAAAAGAAAAAUGGUGCUAAAUAGGACCAAGAUAUACUUAAUAUACC